AUGCAACAUAAUAAAUAUUUAUUAAGACAAGUCUUUCAACAAUAUUUAAUCAAAAAUUUAUUUUUUAUAUUUUAUUUAUUAAUUACAAAUUUAAAUUAUUUGAAUGCUUUUCCUCAAUGCAAUUUAGGCCUUAAAUUGUUUAGUGUUGAAAGAGGAUCUGCUUUAUGUGCUAAAUUUGUUCCUUUUGAAUGUGUUGGUUUAUGUGAAUGGGUAGAGGCAGAUGGGGAUGUUGGUGGAGGGGGAGGUGGAGGGGGAGGGUGUACUUUAAGUUCCCAUUAUUCUGCUUUUCGUGGUUUACGUACUUAUAUGAGUGGAUUUGUUUUGAAUGAUCAAAGUUUUCUUGUCCAAUGUUGUGCUUCUUUGGCUACAAAUGUUAAUUUAGGGAAAGAAAAUGAGCCUAAUUGUCGUUGGAGUGAAGAAAUAAAUACUGUAGUAGAUAAACCGACAUUGAGGUUGGAUUUUCCGUUGGAAGAAAAUGAAUAUUUUAGAGAUUUAAAAGGAAUUCGAUUAAAUAAUGGGGCAGCUAAAAUACAAGCAGAAAUUUGUCAAUUUUCUUUACAAAGAAAUAAUUGUGACAGAAAAAAAAUGUCUGAUGAAGAAAGUCAUCAAUAUUCCCUUUUAUUAUUGAGGCUGCAAAGAGCUAAAGAUUUUUUUCAAAAUAGGAAAGGUGUGAAAAUGUUAAAUUCUGGUUCUUCUUCUAAUAAAGAGGAAAUAAUUGAAGAAGAAAUAAAUAGGUAAUGGAAAAAAUUCUGAUUUUAAAUAUUCUGAUUAUAGUAAAGGAAUUAAAUUAUUUUACAAAAAUUAUUUUGAUUUUUCUCUUUUCAACUACCAUAUCUAAUCUUAAUUUAUAUAUUUUAAUACCUUUUCUCGAUUACCCUCACUCAAAUGCCCUACCACAUGUUGAAAUCUCAAAACUCGAAUAAUUGUACACCUUAGAUUAAAUACCCCUCUAGUUGCAGAUUGAAAAAAAUUACCAA